AAGUGUAAAAGAAAUAGAGAAACCGUGACCAUUAAUCAACAUGUCUAUUGUCUACAUUCAUUUGCUUUGACAUCCAAUCAAUCAAAGAAAGGACUUGCAUGUGUCAACCCCUUUGGUAUUGCUCCAAAUUUCUCUGCUUACCUUAAAUUUUACUCUGAUAGUGUCGGUGCCUCAAUUUAAGCUUUGACAUGAACCUCUGACACGGGCUUACCAUGGAGGAAGAAGAACUGCCAGGAGCAAUGGGCACCAGCGCCAGUCUGGCUUUGCGAUUGGGUCAGAUAAUUUUCUCCUCUGCAUCGCUUCUUUUUAUGAGUUUUCAUGUUGAGUUCUACAGCUACACUUCUUACUGUUACUUGGUUUCAGUCAUGGGUUUGGUGAUUCCAUGGAGUAUGGCACUGGCACUACUAGAUGCCUAUUCAAUCUUCCUAAAAUCUUUACCCCGUCGACCAAGAAUUAUGUUGAUAGUCAUUAUAGGAGAUUGGGUUUUGUCAUUUCUGUCGUUAGCUGGAGCGUGUUCAACAGCUAGUGUCACAGAGCUCUUGAUUGAAGCUGGUGAGGCGUAUUGCCCUUUUAAGUUGUGCAGAAGAUAUCAACUGUCUGCUGCCACCGCUUUCUUCUCUUGGUUUCUAUCAUUUGGCUCUAGUCUCUUCAAUCUUUGGCUCCUCCCUUCUUUGUACCCGUCACCACCCUAUAUAUAGAAUCGACAUAGGCAAUUCUUGACCCAAGUGUUUAAUCGGAAAUGUAUAGUAAUUGUGCUGUACAUCUACUACAACUCUUAAAUGUAAAAUCUUGCUAUGCUGCUUGCCUGCA